UUUGAAAGGCGAUUGUCGUCACCGGGCACGUCUCACUUGACGUCACGUGGUAGUAUGUGGAGAGUAGCAAUGUCGGAGGAGCUAGGCAAGGCGCUACAGUCGGUGGUGGAGCGGGUCAACCAGGCGGCCUCGCGGCGGCCCAAGACGCUACCAGAUGUGCCGCCCCGGCUCGUGGCAGUCAGCAAAACCAAACCCCCAGAGAUGGUGGUGGAGGCCUACAGGCAAGGACAGCGGAACUUUGGGGAAAAUUAUGUUAACGAACUCGUGGACAAAGCCUCGGACCCUGUGAUUUUAGAUUCCUGCCCGGAAAUCAAGUGGCAUUUCAUCGGUCAUCUACAGAAGAAUAACGUCAACAAACUUUUGGGUGUGCCCAACCUGUUCCUGGUGGAGACGGUGGAUUCGGCGAAACUGGCCGACAAGGUCAACAGCUCGUGGCAGCGCAUCAGAGGAGCGAGCACGCAGAGGUUAAAGGUCAUGGUGCAGCUCAACACCAGCGGCGAACAGAGUAAACACGGCCUCCCGCCGGAGCAGACGGUGGACACGGUCCAGCACAUCCUGUCCAAAUGCUCCGCCCUGCAGUUCUUGGGACUGAUGACCAUCGGGCGCUACGGCUACAAUCUCACCCUCGGCCCAAAUCCAGACUUCCAGAUGCUUCUGAGUCGGCGGCAGGAAGUCUGUGACAAUCUGAAGCUGACACUACAGGAAGUGGAGCUCAGCAUGGGCAUGUCCACAGAUUUUGAACACGCGAUUGAGGUGGGAUCCACCAACGUGCGAGUGGGCAGCAUCAUCUUCGGCAACAGGGAGUAUCCCAACAGCGCCGCUAACACUCCCGUUCCCAGUCCCGCUCCCAGUCCGGAGAAAACCUCCAAAACGGUGUCGGAAGAGGCCGCCAAGAAGAUGCAGCACCUCACAGUAUCCGAACACUAACCAUGUUUGUCGGAGGAGUAAUCAAAGUUGUUCAACUGAUGACUCCUCGCACACGUGGAGUUACAAAGUCUUGUGUGUUUUCCAGACUAUUUCAUUUUUUGGAUCUCUUAGAUGCGAUGACAUUUUAGUGGCUCACAGGUGUUGAUAAUUACCUCUGCUACUUUGAGCGGUGCGAAGAACGAGGUGAGAGAUGACGCCAGUCGGUACGUAACAAGGUCCACGGAGAAGGGUACAAUUUAAUCUGCUACUCUUUGUUCGACUUUUAUUGAAGAGGCCAGGGGCCUCAUGUAAUAAAAGUUGUGUGGAUUUCCUACUGAAAUUUGGCCGAUGCUUAAAUCCAGAAAAUGUUGUACGCACAAACAGUUUCAGAUGUAUUAAAGUGUGCGCACGCAUGAAUCCAA